UGCUGCUGCUGCUGCUCACAUGUUUUGGUUCUUUGUGGUUAUGAAGAUGUAGCAGCAGCAGCAGCUCACUCUGCUGCCUCCUGCUGGCCUGGAGAGGAACAACACAGACCAUCCACACACCAGUGAGACCAGGGUGAGCCACUGGAGAGGAGCUAAAGAGCCGCAUGUGGCUCCGGAGCCGCAGGUUGCUGACCCCUGAGUUAGACACAUCAGCACCAAGGACAGCAUGAAGACAGUCUCAACAUCUGCAACCGUUUCACUUUUCAAUGUGAAACUACAGUAACUCAGGAGGUGAAGAGCAGCGCGUCAGUCCACCCUCCUCUUCUCUUCUCUCUCUCUCUCCUCUUCCUCUCCUCUGCCGUCCACUGCUGCUGCUGCUGCCAGGCAGACACACAAACACGAGCGAAAGGGAAAAAGCUCACGACUCACCACCAACCAGACCAGAAUAACAAACCAUCUGACUUCCCAAACACGUUUAUCUGAUUCCUGAGUAAGAGAAGGAUCUCCAUGACUUGACCUGGAAAUCUGCGGAUUUAAACGGACGUGCGUAAAAGCGCAGCCACAGAGGAACUCUUAAUAAAUGAGCUAGAAAGUGUCAAAAGGGAUUUUUCCUCUUCUCCUCCUCUGGGUCUCCUCGGUUUCCUCUUGUUGGCGUGCAAGAAUGAUCCGUGCUUCACUGGACUCGAGCAGCGGAUUCACAGGCUGAUGAAACACUUUGUCAAUCCCUUCUCUCUCUCUCUCUCUCUCUCUCUCUCUCUCUGCUGUACUGCAACCCAGUGAGAAACCUGCACAACAUCACAGUAUUGUGCGGUGGUGAUGGACCAUCUUGGUUAUGCAUGCUUUUCAAUCAAUCACACUGCUUUUGCAUGAGUGCUUUUGUGAAAUGCAUCACUUGUGCUCGUAAAUUGCUGCUCGUCUGACUUCUUUUUUUAAGAGGAUGCUCAAAAUGUUCCUCCAUCUGUCUGCAUGAGGAGGGAUGGCGACCAGACCAAGUCCCAGAGAGGUUUAUCUCUGCACACCUGUUCAGAUGGAUAAUGCCAGUGGAUGCUACAGGUGAAUGAAUAUCAACUCAGUUUGAGUGUUUUUGAAGCUGUUUUUCUGACUCUUGCAAUCGAGCUUGUUGCACACAGCGACGAUGGAUCUCAAAGUAGAAACCGAAGAGAUGGACUCCAGUCAACCUCCGCCCAUAGAAGUUUUUGCGCACACCUCGACUCUGCACGGGAUCUCUCACAUUUUCACAUACGAGCGCUUCUGCAUCAAACGCUGUCUGUGGGUGGUGUUUUUCUUGGGCUCUCUGACUAUCCUGCUGUUCGUGUGCGUGGACCGGAUCCACUUCUACCUGGAGUACCCGCACGUCACCAAACUGGAUGAGGUCACGACCCCGAUCAUGACGUUUCCCGCGGUCACGUUCUGCAACCUGAACGCGUUCCGCUUCAGCCGCGUGACGCGCAACGACCUGUACCACGCUGGAGAGCUGCUGGCCCUGCUCAACCAGAGGUAUGAGAUCAGGGACAUACAUCUUGUGGAGGAGAGCGUCCUGGAGAGCCUCAAGGUCAAAGCCGAUUUUCAUAAUUUCAAGCCACGACCCUUCAACAUGCUGGAAUUCUACGACCGCACAGGCCACGACAUCAACGAAAUGCUGCUCGCCUGCCACUUUCACGGCACCGAGUGCAGAGCGGAGGACUUCAAAGUGGUCUUCACUCGCUACGGGAAGUGUUACACCUUUAACGCCGGCGGUGAUGGACGCACUCCCCUCAUUACCACUAAGGGAGGUAUGGGUAAUGGACUCGAGCUCAUGCUGGACAUUCAGCAGGAUGAAUACCUGCCGAUCUGGGGAGAAACAGAUGAGACUUCAUUUGAAGCUGGGGUCAAAGUUCAGAUCCACAGUCAGGACGAGCCGUCCUUCAUCGACCAGCUCGGGUUUGGAGUGGCACCCGGGUUUCAGACGUUUGUUUCCUGCCAGGAACAGAGGCUGAUAUAUCUCCCUCCUCCCUGGGGAGACUGUAAGGUGACGGCGAUGGAUUCAGACUUCUUCGACAGCUACAGCAUCACAGCCUGUCGCAUCGACUGUGAAACGCGCUACCUGGUGGACAACUGCAACUGUCGCAUGGUGCACAUGCCUGGCGAUGCUCCCUACUGCACCCCCGAGCUGUACAAAGAAUGUGCUGACCCAGCUCUCGACUUCCUGGUGGAGAGAGACAAUGAUUUCUGUGUGUGCGAGACGCCAUGCAACAUGACCAGAUACAGCAAAGAGCUGUCCUUCGUCAAGAUCCCCAGCAAGGCCUCUGCUAAAUAUCUGGCAAAGAAGUACAACAAAUCUGAGCAGUAUAUUAAAGAGAAUAUUCUGGUGUUGGACAUCUUUUUUGAGGCUCUCAACUAUGAAACUAUUGAACAGAAGAAAGCGUAUGAAGUGGCUGGACUUUUAGGUGAUAUCGGUGGUCAGAUGGGACUUUUUAUCGGGGCAAGCAUACUCACCAUUCUGGAGAUAUUUGAUUACCUUUAUGAGGUGAUAAAGUACAAGUUGUGUCGCUGCUCUGAUAAGAAGCACAAGCACAACAACAACAACAACGACCAGGGAACGGUCCUGAGCUUAGACGACGUCAAGUGUCACGUCAGUAACUUUCACUAGGCUUCUGCAGACGCGAGGAGGGAGCCGCUGCACUCUCCCGUCUCUGAGCGGUUUCAUGGACUUUGUUCGUUGCAGUUUUCCAGACUGCAGGAGCAAACGGAGCGAAAGUGUCUUAACUGUGCCUGGUUAAGGUUUGUGAGGUAAAUACAGCAUGUGGCUGAAGAGAGGAGAAGCCACACAGACAGCAGGACAGCAGAAACCAGAGAUCAAACAUGUUGUGAUGAAUUCAAAAAUGUCAGAAUAACUGCAUGGUCAUCUGUAAACAGCUUCUCAAGACAUAGUAACAGAUACAGUAAAUGGGGGCAUGAACUGAGCUGAGGUUCAUCUGUGUUCAGUAAAUCAGCAUUAGAAAUCCCAGCUGUGUGGUGGUGUUUGUCAUCUGAUGUGACAGGUUUGUUUUCAUUUCAUUAUUAUUUUAGUUUUAUAUUGAGGUAUUUGCAUGUCAGUGCUGCACAUUCUUUACUUUUGUCUUUGAGGUUUGCUUUCACUCUUUUGUUCUUGACUUUUCCCCCCUUUCUUUCCACCAACUUUCCAUUUUUAUAUUCAUGGCAUCAAACCUCAUCUUAUGACCGACGUCUUCCCUCGUUAAAAACCUGAGCAUUUUGCCAAUAUACUGUACUACCUCAUCUUGCAGGGUGAGAGCGCCCUUAAGAAUUUACAAGCCAAGCAAAUUAAUAAUGAAAAAGGUCAUUUCCAUUUUUGGAAAUGAGUAGAACAGGUUGAAAAAAAUAUAUCUGGCCUUAAAGCGAGCCCAUGUAACAUUUGCUGAGCAGCAGUCAAAGGUCUUUUUAUAACAGAAGACAUUUUGGAGCGUCACAGUAGGAAAAUCAAAGGUGUAAAUAAUGAAAUUAAUGAUGAAUUCUAUUAAGCUGCUUCAGUUGCAGGGUCUUUGUGUUGUGUAUGUCGGCUCGCUGUCACACUGUCAUGCCAUUAUUAAUAGUGUUAAUAAUAACACCUGUGUUCUUCCUGCUAUGACUAGUCAAAAGGUCUGCUGUCAAAAAGGCCACAAUUACGGGACCAUUACAGGAUAAUAGUAAAUGUUAGUAUGUAGUGUAGUGCAGCAGUAUCUUGCUCAAGUUUGCUCACAUUAGCCACCAUAAGCUACUGGUCACACCAGACCACGUAAGGCUAGUAGCAGCAAAAUCCCUGACUGUUCUGAACUGAAUUGACAAUAGUUCAACUUUUGGGAAAUAAGCAUAAUUGCUUUCUGGCAGAGAGUUAGAUGAGAAGAGUGGAAACAGCUAGCCUGGCUGCGUCAAAUGACAACAAAAUCUGCCUUUAACCCUAACCCGUAAAACCAUAACGUGUCAUUUUUACUCUUUGAAAUUGUUCCCUUCGGACAGAGCCAGGCUAGCUGUUUCCCCCUGUUUCCAGUCAUUAUGCUAAGCUAAGCUAACUGGCUGCUGGCUGUAGACAUUCUCCACUCUCUCUCUCCACUAGAGAACAAAAGCACGUUUUUACCCCAAAUGCUGAACUUUUGCUUUAAAGCUGCAGUUGGCAACUUUGAGCAAAUAUGAUAAAAAGUUAUUUUUUAUAAAACUGUCAGUAUAUCCUGACAGUAGUGCAUGAGACAGAUAAUCUGUGAAAAAAUCAGGUUCCUCUGUAUCCUCUAGUGCUCAUUUGCAUUGCGAAGGAAAACAACCAAUCAGAGCUGAGGAGUCUCUACAUCAGCUGUCAAUCACUGCUCACGAAUCUUGUGAACUCCGAUGAAACUGUCAAACUAGGCAGCGCCGAUCAAAUAUGAAUCAAUGUUCUGUUACUGUAAUGCCUAUUUCUCACCUCAAAUGUUUUCAGAAACAUAUUUUAACGUGCUCUUUAGCUGUAAAGUGAGAGUUUAUGACCCGGCCGCCAUAUUAAAAACAGUUGAGCCAAAACCAAGCACCGCCCAACGGCUGCUCAACUCUGAUUGGUUGUUUUCCUUUGCAUGCAAUGAAAUCUUGCAAAUGCCAUUAUGAGCACAGGAUCACACGUAGGAACAGAUUUUUUUUUUUCACAGAUUAUCAGUUUCAUGCACUACUGUCAGGAUAUAGUGACAGUUUUGUAAAAAUAUUUUUUUCUCAUAUUUGCUCAAAGUUACCUACUGCAGCUUUAAAACACUUUUAGUAUUUUGAAGAACAAACAGUUAAAUGAGCUAAAACAAGUAUUUUAACAUGAAAAAGAGAUGGAUGGAUACACAGCCACAAAACUAAAUGUACACAUACAGGUAUAUACAACCAGGUGCUACAUACUGUAUGAUUUGCCUUCAAAUUCCCUUUCAAUGACAAUCACUGUAUACAGAGAAAUUAAAAACAUAAACUUGUAUUUCCUGGCGAGAGUACAAAACAGAUAUUGAUUUAAGGGAGUGUCUUACAUUUUCACAUGUAGAUGCUGUUCAUCACAUUUAAGGAAAUUUACCUUCGGUAGGUUCUAACAUGGCAAGAUCAAAUUAAUGAGUAUAAAUAUGUUGAAUGUGUUUUGCCAUCUUCUAGGGCUCUAAACUGCAUGUAGCACUGUACAGUAGGCAUCUCUAAACGUGGUCCAUUGAUGAACAAGUUAAUCUGCAGUUCAUCAUCUGUCUGUGUGUUUGGUUGAAUAUCGUGAGCAUGUAUUUAUGUGUGCGCGUGUGAGUGUGUUACUAAUGUUGCCCCGACAUCUGCAGCAAAAUCAGAAGCUGAUAAUGGAAAAAUUCAAACUGCUGCCCUCAUAUCCCAAAACACUGUAUCUGUUAUCAGUUAGGAAACAUGUCGGCUCUGGCGGUGCAUGUUUAAUACUGUCUCUAUUCUGACUCUGUUUACAAAAAUCAAACAAUAUUCUGUUGGCGUUAAUCUACUUGCACUCAUUCCCAUUGAGCUCAAUGUUAUUCUUAACAGGAAAUGGGAAUUGUAUAGCGUGUAGCUGUGUAGUGUUAUUAUCAAGCACAAUCAUUCCAUCAACUGCAACGUAAUGUAAAUAUUGGAUAAUAAUCUCAUUGUAUUAGCAUAGUCUGAUCUGAGUAAUGCUGUACUUGUUGUAUUUAUUUAAUAUAAAAUAUUGUGUGUCUCUUUUUCUGUACAUGAUUGUAGGUUUAUUUAUGAAAAGUAUAUUUAUCAAAUAUUAAAGUACGACGCUAUUUCUAUUCUUUUUGUUUGUAUUGCUACAGUCACAGCUGCUUCUAAUGUAUCAUCAGUAAAUUAAAAAUGAACAUCUGGAUUGUUGUUUUCCAGCAUCCACUGCAUGAGGUCAUGCAUCUCAAUACAAGCCAUGCUUUCAGGUUUUAUUUUUUGCCUCCAUUUUUAAUUUUCCAUUUUUUUUUUAGAUACGAAAGGAUGAUUAUUUUAGUCUGGUGAUGUAUAAAUAAAUAAUGGAGCAGUUGUUAUAUUAAAUUACAUUAAUUAAACGCUAACUUUAUGUUACUUUUAUUCAC